AACAGAACUGUCAGAAGUGAUGUGACUGUGAAUGUUAUUGUGAAUUGUGACUCAAACAGACUCAAAGCCAAAUGAUACAAUGUGAUUAAAAUUAAAAGGGUUUCGAGUUUUAAAGCAGAUCAAUUUAGAAUAAUAAUUUUAAUUUCUUAUAAAGUAACGCGGGCAAGUAUUCAGCUCAUAUUUUAAAGACCUACACAUUUUGUUUAAUAUCAACCAAUACAAAAACUUUAAUUAGAAAUUUAUAUUUCCUUAAAUAACAUGUAUUAAUGUGGCACAUUCUUGCUAAUUCGUAAUUUCGUUAAUAUAUAAUGACUAGAUUCAACUGGAAUACAUAGGUAUAUACACCUUAUUGAGGUCACAUAACCAAAAAAAAGCUGGUCUCAUUGGACAGCAAACAUUCUAAAUUUGCAGCACUUCAGAAAUAUGGAAUUGUCUCAUAGUUUAACUUUAAACGAAGAAGCCCUAGCACAAAUUAGCGAGGCAAGAAGACCUGUUUUUAUAUUUGAAUGGCUUAGAUUUUUAGAUAAAGUUCUUACUGCUGCUCAAAAAAGUGAUAUAAAAGGAUGCCAGAAACAAUUGGUGCAGCAGUUGAUGAAUCAUAUACAAGAAUCACCAGGCCCUCCAACAAGGAAACUAAUUGCAAGAUGUCUCGCAACCUUAUUUUCAGUUGGGGAUACCUUUUUAUUAUUUGAUACUGUAAACAAAUGUAAUGAUAUUCUCAAAAAUAAGGAUGAUUCUCCUAGCUUCUUGCCUUCAAAAUUAGCUGCAAUUUGCUGUGUAGGUACCAUGUAUCAAAAAUUAGGAAGAAUGAUGGGGAGAUCAUACGAAGAAACAGUUCAAAUUUUGAUAAGAUCUUUACGAAAUGCUGAAUCACAAACAAGAAUUGAAAUCAUGCUAACUUUGGAGAAAGUUUGUGCCGGAAUGGGAAUUGCUAUAAGUAAUGUUCACAAAGAUAUUUAUAAAGCAGCUAGACAUUGUCUUAUAGACAGGGUGAUGGCUGUAAGAUGUGCUGCUAGUAGAUGUCUUCUGGAAAUGCUAAACCAUGCUCCAUUUUUAUAUACAACUGAAUUGGAAAGUCUAGCCACUUUAUGCUUUAGAGCUUUUGAUGGUUCAAAUUAUAUAGUAAGAUGCACUGUUGCAAAACUAUUAGGAGCAUUGAUUGCUAUGACCCAAAAACAAACAAAGACAGGCAAAGGUCAGCAGCAACCUCAAAAAGGACUCAAACUGGUAUCUUUAGAUGAAGCUUUAGGAGUUUUUAUGUCUGGAUUUCUUAGAGGUGGAGUAGGAUUUCUCAAAGGAACUGGAGAAAUUAUCAAAGGUAGUUCUGGAGUUAACAGAGAAGUCCGAGUUGGAGUAACUCAUGGCUAUGUAACAUUUGUCCAAAUUUUGGGUGGUAAAUGGUUAGAAAAAAAUAUGAAAAGUUUCCUGAUCCAUAUUUUAUCUUUAGCAGCAAACCCAAAAGCUGCUUCAUCGCAUGUAGAUGCAGUUUAUUCUAGAAAAUGUAUCAACUUUAUUUUAAGAAGCGUUUUUGGCAAAAUGUUGGGCGAAAGAGCACAAGCAUUAGCAUGUAAAGAAAUUGCACAAAUUAUUAUUAAGGAAAUGAACUCAAUAGAUUUUAAUCCAGAAAAUGCCAAGGAUGUUAAUCAAGAAACGCUCUUCAGCCAGCAUUUAUUAGUUUGUGCUCUUCAAGAAAUUGGUAUAUUAAUUUCUAGUUUGGGAACAACCGCACAUGAUCUGAUAACUGAUCAAUCACUGAAUCUAAUAGAUGUAACAAUUGGUGUUUUAAUCCACCCUUGUCAAGCUGCUCGACUAGCUGCUGCUUGGUGUCUCAGAUGUAUUUGUAUUGCAGUACCUAGCCAAAUUUCACCGCUGAUAGAUCGUUGUGUGAAUAGCAUUGAACAGUUUAGGACGUCACCCGAAGCUAUUGCAGGUUACAGUUCAGCUUUAGCUGCUGUAUUAGGAGGAGUUAAGCUUUCACCUCUCGGUGUGCCUCAUAUGAAAGGCAAAAUAAUAUUUAAUACUGCUGAAGAAUUAUUACGAAGCGCCAGUCAGAAUAGUAGACUUUCUCUGAAUAGAACACAAGCUGGGUGGUUACUAAUAGGCGCUAUAAUGACAUUAGGAAUUCCAGUUGUCAAAGGGUUGUUGCCCAGGAUGUUACUCUUAUGGAGAAAUUCUUUCCCUAGAUCUGCAAAGGAGUUAGAAUCGGAAAAGGCUCGAGGGGAUGUUUUUACCUGGCAAGUUACUCUUGAAGGAAGAGCGGGAGCGCUAUCAGCAAUGCAGAGUUUUCUUCAGAAUUGUCCAGAAUUAAUUACUGAUGAUACAACAAGACGAUUACUAGCUCCGAUAGAAUCUGCUUUAGCUAUGCUUACUAACAUUUCCGGUAUUUUAAAAACAUACGGACAACAUCUAAAAGCACCCGCUGCUAUGGUUAGACUUAGACUAUGUGAGACAUUACUGCUUCUUCAUCCACAGUGCUAUGAAAAUUCGUACACCCAUCUUCUGCGAAUGUUGGUCGCGGAAUUUACUUUGACUGAGAACCCAGCGAAUACAACAACAUCUCAACUGCGGACUGUCUGUCUCGCUAAUGACUCAGUUAUACUUGGAACUUAUUUGCAAGAAACUGAUCACAGGACUAUAGAAGAUCAGAUGGAACCUAAUCGAAGAACUGAUGGUGAACAUCUUCAACCGAAUAGCGCUGCUGGAUCAGGAGCAUUGGAACAUGAUCCCUGCUGUCUUUAUCGCCAAAUUAAUUCAGGUCAAGAAAUUCCUGGUCCUCUUCCUUUGGGAGUGGCGGUCAUAGAUAUAUCAGUUUUGUUGUUUGGUCAGAUCUUCUCUAGAGUAACUAACAAACACAGAGUUCAAAUGUUAGACCAUUUUACAGAAUGCAUCAAGCAUGUGCGAAGUACGAGACAAGAAGCAGUACAGAUGAAUGUAUUUACUGCACUUUUAAGUGGUUUGAAGGGAUUGGCAGAAACUAAAGUUAAUAUAAAUCAAGAUGAUGUAAAGAAAUCAGCUGUCAACCUUAUCAUAGGUGCCCUGACUUCUUCAAAUCCAAUACUCAGAUAUGCAGCAGGUGAAGCAGUCGGAAGGAUUGCACAGGUCGUAUCUGAUUCUAAAUUUACAGCUGAGCUUGCUCAGACUAGCUUUGAUAGGUUGAAAUCUGCUAGAGAUGUAGCUAGUCGUACGGGUCAUUCGCUAGCUUUAGGUUGUCUACAUAAAUAUGUCGGCGGAAUGGGAUCUAGUCAACAUCUAAAUACAAGCGUUUCAAUUCUCUUAGCGCUUGCUCAAGAUCAAACGUCGCCUAUAGUUCAAGUGUGGUCUCUUCAUGCGUUGGCAUUGAUAGUAGAUUCAGGAGGACCUAUGUUUAGAGGAUACGUCGAACCAAGUUUAUCUCUUCUCCUGAAAUUACUACUAACUGUUCCACAAUCAUACAUUGACGUACAUCAAUGCAUUGGAAAAGUACUAUCUGCACUUAUCACAACUGUUGGCCCUGAACUACAAGGAAAUAUUUCAAGUGUUUGCACAGCUCGUUCUUCCUUCUUAGGCGCAUGUGCUGUGAUGCAAGAUCAUUACGAUCCUCUAGUACAAGCAGAAGCGACAGGAUGUCUUCAGCAGCUGCAUCUGUUUGCCCCAAAACAUGUUAAUUUAUCUUCACUCGUACCAACUUUAUGUAGAACAUUAUCAAGCAAUCAUCUCUUGCUAAGAAAAGCAGCUAUAUCCUGUCUACGACAGUUAGUUCAAAGAGAAGCCAAGGAAGUUUGUGAGCAUGCUUUGAAUUUGGCUAAUGAAAGUAGAGAUAAUAAUAAAGUGGAAGGUCUGUUAAUAACGGAGUCAGGACUACCGGGAGUAUUUUUUAGUAUGCUUGAUACUGAAACAGAUCUUGCUCUUAUAAAAGAUAUUCAUGACACCAUCAUUAGUAUGCUGCAGGUUCUCGCUGCAAGUAAUCUCUCUCAAUGGUUAGGCUUAUGCAAAGAUGUUUUAACAAUUAGUACUGAUACUAAUGACGAUCGUUCAAAUAUUUUAAACGUAGAUGUUGAAGAAAUCUUUGAAGCUGAUGACCAAGUCGAAUUUCAUGCAGAAGAAGAUCCAUCUCAUCCCACGAUUCAACCAAGAUGGCCAACUAGAGUGUUUGCAGCGGAGUGUGUUCGAAAGAUCAUUGCUGUUUGUGAGUCGAAUAAGACUGAUCACUUUGACCUUCUAAAGGCUAAAGAAUUACAACUCAAACAAGGAAGAAAUGAUUUCCUUUGCUUGCAUUUAUCUGAUCUUAUUAGAAUGGCAUUUAUUGCGGCUACUAGUGAUUCCGAUCCAUUGCGUUUGCAAGGAUUAAAAACAAUGCAAGAUAUUAUAGAGAAAUUUGCCAAAGUUCCGGAACCAGAAUUUCCAGGACAUCUGCUUCUCGAACAAUAUCAGGCUCAAGUAGGAGCCGCCUUAAGACCUGCAUUUUUACCAGAUACGUCAUCUUUAGUUACAGCUGCUGCUUGUGAAGUUUGUUCAACUUGGAUUGGGUCAAAUGUUGCUAGAGAUCUUAACGAUUUGAAAAGAGUUCAUCAAUUACUUGUGUCUUCCCUUACCAAAUUUAGGAACAAGAAUAACUCUAGUCAGUUAUACAACGAAAGUCUAGCCACUCUUGAAAAGUUAUCUAUAUUAAAAGCUUGGGCCGAAGUAUAUAUUGUUGCUAUGAAAGGAAGUGACGCUGUUUCUAGUUUUACUGUAACAAUAGCAUCAACAAAUGAUAAUGAUAACAAUGAAUUUACAAACUAUGAAAGCCAAGGAGAAAGUUUGUUGACCCUGGUACAACCUGAGUUGGUGAGUUUGUCACAAUACUGGUUAUUAGCACUGAAAGACUAUGCCUUGCUUUCAUUACCAAGUGAAUUUUCUAGUCAAUUGCCACAUGAUGGUGGUGCUUUUUAUACUAACGAAACAAUGGACCUGUCAAGAACCUACUAUACAUCUUUCUGGUCUCCUAUCCUUCAUGCUGCUGCACUAUGGCUAAACUCCGGAACUUUUAAAUCGAACCAAGAUACGAAUGGUAAUGUUAAGAAUAAUAAAAUCAACGACGACCCAGAUAGAUUUCAUUUAUUGUUUGGAAUAUGCAUGGAAGCACUUUGUAGUCCACGUUCUAUAGAACCAUUAGAAAGUAUAAAAACUUGUCUACACGCAUUAUAUACGUUACUCGAUAAGGAAUAUACUAGAAAAUUACUCGUAUCUGAUUCAUUUUUAGGUAUUGAAUUAUGUAAUGUCCUCCAUCGACUUAUUUUAACUAGAGACAAUCACACUUGUCAAUUAUUAUGUUUAGAAGUAUUGCAACAAGUUAUAAGGGCUGCACAGGAAAGCAUUGAUAAACAAAAGGAGAACAAAUUAAACGAAAUGAAAAAUACAACAAAUGCAAAUAUUUUGGGAGAAGGAGGAGAAUUAGGAGAUCUGAUCCCUGGAAAGUCAUUGGUGGUAUCCAUUUUAGAAGUCUGUCUGUGUCUAUUAAUCCGACUCUUACCUACAAUAAGUCCAUCUGAGAAUACCGCAGUUAUCAAUUCUCUCAAGAUAACAUCAACUUUUGAAAAGAGUAACCAAUUAAUAGCAGCCUCAAUUAGAUGUUUAGAAAAACUUCAUUAUUUGUGUUCCCCAAAAGGUGCUUUGUCUAUUCUGCCUACAAUUUUGUAUCUGGUAACAGGAGUUAUAAAAGAAAUGGCAACAAAGCACGUAGCCGAUAGUACAGUUUUAGCAAAUAAUUCGUGUAUUCAAGCGGCUUUGAAAUGUUUAAAAAUAUUAGCCACAGAUAACUAUUGUAAUAAUCCAGAAACUGCUAACAAUUGGCAAAAAUUACUUCAGAGUGCUCUAGCGAAAAUAAUCGACCUAGCAAAGACAAGAAGUGAUGAUAAUAAAUUAGAUGAAGUCACAAUGAUGUUAGCGAUAGCAGUUUUUGUAUUGAACGCUCCCUAUAAAGUAGUUACCGUACCCAAUAUUCAGUAUCCUUGUAUCAACCACUUCAGGCAGGGCUUCGAGAGUUCAGAUUCUAUAGUAAAAUUAAAAUGCGUAAGAACUUUAAAAUCUAUUUUUGCACAUCAUAAUCCAUUGAUAUCUGUUCCUUACAUUCACACAUUGGCCCCACAUUUAGUGGAGUUUUUAUAUUCGGAAGCUGCCAAAAAACCUCAUUCUGAUGGUGAGCUCUUAGUCACUGUCGAGACCAUUACCACGAUAGAAUCUCUCAUCGAAUUAGCAGAACCUGGAAAACGUCUACAAAUGUUGACGUUGUUGGUACCGGCCUUAGUAAGCUACCUUUCUCCUGGUUCUACCAUAAAGAAUAAACAUACUUCUUCACUGCAUGAUGUUAGUUUGCAAUGGUUAAUGAAAAUAGGACCAAAAUACCCACAGGAAUUCAAGCGAAUGAUGUUGCAUUCUAAGGAUCUUCGAAUAAAACUGGAAAAUGCCAUACGAAAUCAGCAGACUCAGAAAUGCAGAAUUAAAAAUGACAUUAAUAUUAACCAACAAGUAACUAGUACUACUCCAACGAUAAAAUUAAAAACAGAUUUUAGUAAUUUUUCGUAAAUAAUUUUGUGAUUAGGAAAUCUUUAAUCUUAGCUUUAUGUAUACCACGAAGUAAUUGUAAUAAUAUUAUUUUAUUUUAAUUUUCGAUUAUUUGUUAAUAAUUAUUCUCUCUAUACAUUAUAUAAUAUUAUAUAUAUAUAUAUAUAUAUAUAUAUAUAUAUAUAUAUAUAUAUAUAUAUAUAUAUAUAUAUGUAUAUGUAUAUAUAUAUUAUAUAAUAUAAUUAUGACGUAUUUAAAUUUUUAAUGAUUUCAUUUAACUUGCUACUAAUUGACAACAUUAAUCGUGUAAUUCUUCUUCUCCUUGCUUUUUUGUAGACACUUUUUCUAUUUUUCGAUGUGCCUCCAGUAAGUUGUCAUUCCAUCGUUUUCGUGGUCUUCCUAUUAGGGAACCGUCUCUCGCCGUCCUUACUGCUCUAUUUAUUGUCAUUCAGCUUAUGUGGUCGUUCCAUUCUAUUCUUCUGUUCUUUACCCAGUUAUUAAUGUUGUCCACCUUACAUCUCCGUCGUAUAUCUACACUUCUAGCUCUAUCCCACAGUGUCUUACCACCGAUUUUUCGAAGAGUAUUCAUCUCUGCUGUUUCUAGCAUUCUUUUUGUCCUUUUUGUAUCAGGUCAUGUUUCUGCCGCGUAUGCCAUUAUUGGUCUGAUGACUGUUUUGGUAAAUUCUGCCUUUCACUUCUUUCCCGAUAUGUUUAUUUCUCCAUAUUGUUUCAUUCGAGCAACCUGCGCGGCUCUGUUUGCUUUAUUCACUUGAUCUUCCACUGCUGUUUCGAGAUUUCCGUAGCUAUAUAGUGUGAUGGCUAUGAACCCCAUGACUUGUUUUAUUAUCUGACCCUCCAGCUCCGGUUUACAUCUUAGUAAAUUUUGCUGUAAUAACCAUGCAUUUUGUGUUUUUUUGGGGAAAUUAACAUGUUAAAUUUUCUGGCGGUUAUAUUAAAUUGAUGCAGCAUACGUUGUAAAUCAUCUUCAUUUUAGAGAUUAGUAUUGCAUCGUCUGCAUAGAUGAUUAUUUUAAGUUGUUUUCCUCUCAUUUGGUAUCCUUUUUUACUUCUUACUUUUUUUAUUAUUUAAUCCAUGAUCAGGUUGAACAAUAGAGGACUCGGAGAGUCACCCUGUCGUACUCCAUUGCCAGCUUCAAUUGAGUCAGUUAGUUCUUCUUCUACUUUUACUUGUAUUGUGUUGUUCUGGUAGAUAUUUUCGAUCGUUUUAAUUAUUCCUAAACUCUUGCGUAGAAUAAAUUGAUAACGUCCUUUAAUUUGACCCUGUCAAAUGCCUUCUUAAGGUACACGAAAUAAAAAUAUGCCGAUUUGUUGUAUCUUAAUGAUUUUUCUUGAAUUUCAUUAUAAAUUUAGCUUCGGUGUAUGAUCUUACCGACCUAAAACUUUGUUGUUCUUCUGCUAAUAUUAUAAUUUCAGGCUGAACAAGGUUGUAGGUCGGGAAGAUCAUGUACCGACGCUAUAUUUAUAAUAAUCGUGUAAAUGUAUAUAUGUAUGAAAUAUUUAAGUAUGAACUCCUUUAUAAUUCUGUAUUUUACAUUUAUUUCAACUUUGUAUUAAUUAUAUAAUAGAUUAAACUGAAA